CUUCCUUUUUGAUUCUGUUCAUCUCACCGCCCUUUUUCCACCAUCAUCGUUGUCAUAAUUCAUCCACACACGAUACACACCCCUUUUCUUUUUCUUUUCUUUCUCUCUGAAAUUGCAAAUCUCAAAAGCCUCAAAAGUUAGAAGAGAGAGAAAGACCACCACGCACAGAAACAGCAAUAAUUCACUUUCUUUUCCAACUAUAUCCUUCCCUCUCUCUCUACUAUCUCUCUCUCUCUGAAACUCAUCAUCAUCAUCGCCGUUGAGAUCUCAGUAUCUGCCUAAUUAAAGAACUGGGAAGCUUGGGACAUGCAUGGCAGAGAUGGGGUUGUUCUGGUAACAAGGAGCUUGUUAUUUGCUUCGUUGGUUAAAGAAGUAAUCUAUAGUGAAAAUAGUGCAACUAUGGAAGGCUGGUCCUGGCUGUAUUAUUUUGCAUAUUAAAAGAUUACUUUAAAAGAUUUCAUUUUGUUACCAUCUUGAUCAUUGCUUUUGAAAACUGACAAGACAACUCAUGCUACUGAAUAGAAUGACUGGCCAAACCUUGUUAUGGAAGAAAUUGUGUUUGCUGAUAAAGAAAGGAUACUCUAGAAGGAACUUUUAGCCAUGUCUAGCUCAGCAAAAGUUUUGGAUCCUGCAUUCCAGGGAGUUGGUCAAAGAGUAGGAACUGAAAUAUGGAGGAUUGAGAAUUUUCAGCCAGUUGCAUUGCCCAAAUCUGAGUAUGGCAAAUUCUACACGGGAGAUUCGUACAUCAUCUUGCAGACAACUCAAGGCAAAGGAGGCACUUAUUUUUAUGAUUUACACUUUUGGAUUGGAAAGGAUACAAGUCAGGAUGAGGCUGGAACUGCAGCCAUUAAAACUGUUGAACUUGAUGCUGCUCUUGGAGGGCGUGCAGUGCAGCACAGGGAAAUCCAAGGACAUGAGUCCGACAAGUUUUUGUCAUACUUUAAACCAUGUAUUAUACCAUUAGAGGGUGGAGUUGCAUCUGGGUUUAAAAAACCUGAAGAAGAGGAGUUUGAAACACGUUUGUAUGUAUGCAGAGGGAAAAGAGUUGUAAGAUUGAGACAGGUCCCUUUUGCAAGGUCUUCGUUGAACCAUGAAGAUGUAUUCAUACUAGAUACUGAGAACAAGAUUUAUCAAUUCAAUGGUGCAAAUUCCAAUAUUCAGGAAAGAGCCAAGGCUUUGGAAGUCAUACAGUUUCUGAAAGAAAAAUACCAUGAAGGGAAAUGUGAUGUUGCAAUUGUUGACGAUGGAAAAUUAGACACUGAGUCAGACUCAGGUGAAUUUUGGGUCCUCUUUGGUGGUUUUGCUCCCAUUGGGAAGAAGGUAAUCAGUGAGGAUGAUAUUAUUCCAGAGACAAUUCCUGCUCAGCUUUACAGUAUUGUUGAUGUUGAGAUCAAGCCUGUGGAAGGUGAACUUUCUAAAUCACUGUUGGAAAACAACAAAUGCUAUUUACUGGACUGUGGUGCUGAGGUGUUUGUCUGGGUUGGUCGUGUGACACAAGUUGAAGAACGAAAAUCAGCCUGCCAAGCCGUUGAGGAGUUUGUUGCAAGCCAAAAUAGGCCAAAGUCUACAAGGAUAACCCGGAUUAUUCAAGGUUAUGAGCCACAUUCAUUUAAGUCCAACUUUGAUUCUUGGCCAUCAGGAUCUGCUAGUACCAGUGCUGAGGAAGGAAGAGGAAAAGUUGCAGCAUUGCUUAAGCAACAAGGCAUGGGUGUCAAAGGAAUGACAAAAAGUACCCCUGUAAAUGAGGAAAUUCCACCUUUGCUUGAAGGAGGUGGAAAGAUAGAGGUAUGGCGAAUCAAUGGAAAUGCCAAGAAUGCAUUGCCAAAGGAGGAGAUCGGUAAAUUUUAUAGUGGAGAUUGUUACAUUGUACUGUACACCUACCACUCUGGUGAGCGGAAAGAAGACUACUUCUUGUGCUGUUGGUUUGGCAAAGACAGUGUUGAGGAGGACCAAACAACGGCUACUAGGUUGGCCAAUACAAUGUCUACCUCAUUAAAGGGUAGACCUGUACAGGGUCGCAUAUUUGAAGGCAAAGAGCCGCCACAGUUUGUUGCUAUUUUCCAACCAAUGGUGGUUCUCAAGGGAGGGUUCAGCUCUGGAUACAAGAAACUAAUAGCAGACAAAGGAGUAUCAGAUGAGACAUACACAGCAGAGAGUAUUGCACUUAUUCGAAUUUCUGGAACUUCUAUUUACAACAAUAAAUCAGUACAAGUUGAUGCAGUGCCAUCAUCAUUGAAUUCCACUGAGUGUUUUGUCCUGCAAUCUGGCUCUACAAUUUUCACUUGGCAUGGAAAUCAGUGUUCCUUUGAGCAGCAACAGCUAGCAGCAAAGGUUGCUGAUUUUUUACGGCCAGGAGCUACUUUAAAGCAUGCUAAAGAAGGAACAGAAAGCUCAGCUUUCUGGUCUGCACUAGGAGGAAAACAAAGUUACACCAGCAAGAAAGUUGUUAAUGAGGUUGUCAGAGAUCCACAUUUGUUCACUUUAUCAUUUAACAAAGGAAAGUUCAAUGUAGAGGAGGUUUACAACUUCUCUCAGGACGACCUGUUGCCGGAGGAUAUCCUUAUACUUGACACACAUGCAGAAGUGUUUAUUUGGAUUGGUCAUUCUGUGGAACCCAAAGAAAAGCGAAAUGCUUUUGAAAUUGGCCAGAAAUACAUAGAUUUGGUUGCAUCUCUGGAGGGGCUAUCUCCACAUGUACCACUAUAUAAAGUAACAGAAGGGAAUGAACCUUGCUUUUUCACAACAUACUUUUCAUGGGAUCAUGCAAAAGCUAUGGUUAUGGGGAACUCAUUUCAGAAAAAGGUGUCACUACUCUUUGGACUUGGCCAUGCUGUGGAGGAAAAGUUGAAUGGGUCAAGUCCAGGGGGACCAAGACAAAGAGCAGAAGCUUUGGCUGCCUUAUCUAAUGCAUUUGGUUCAUCUUCUGAGAAAGCAUCCGGUUUGGCACAAGAUAGAUUGAAUGGGUUAGGCCAAGGGGGACCAAGGCAAAGGGCAGAAGCUUUAGCCGCUUUAAACUCUGCAUUUAAUUCAUCAUCUGGGACGAAGACUUUUACUCCUAGGCCAUCUGGAAGAGGUCAAGGAUCACAAAGAGCUGCAGCAGUAGCUGCUCUUUCACAAGUUCUUAUGGCUGAAAAGAAAAAAUCACCGGAUGGUUCUCCUGUUGCUAGCAGGAGUCCUAUCACUGAAGGUAGUGCUACUGAAACUAAAAGUGACUCCUCUGAAGUUGAAGAAGUUGCAGAAGCCAAGGAAACAGAGGAACUUCCCCCUGAGACCGGUAGCAAUGGGGAUUUGGAACUAAAACAAGAGAAUGCGGAGGAAGGAAAUGAUGGUCAAAGGAUGUUCAGUUAUGAGCAAUUAAAGACUAAAUCUGGUCAUAAUGUGCCUGGAGUUGAUCUUAAACGGAGAGAGGCCUAUCUGUCAGAGGAUGAGUUCAACACUGUAUUUGGAAUGGCAAAAGAAGCAUUUUACAAGUUGCCAAGAUGGAAGCAAGACAUGCUGAAAAAGAAAUACGAAUUGUUCUAAACUUGAAAUGAAAGAGUGACGUCUGCUUCUUUAGCUGCUAUACCUUUCCUCAGUUAUCUUUAAAAUGCUCUUAUCUGUUGAGAUAGUGUGGUUUUAUUGGGUAUAUACCAUAGUUUGGGUUCUUAUCAUAGCGUUUUGCUUUCGGCCUAUAUAAUGGGCGUAGCUGUGGUUAGUGUCCAAGUUUGAAUGUGACGCCGCAUGCAUGGAGAGUGUUUUUUAGUUUCUCCUUUUAGAUUUUGCUGUUGCCUCUUGCAAUGUUUGCAUAUUGUAGCAAUGAAGACACUAGACAGUGGGCAGGUCCAAUUCUUUCAUUUUAUCAAGUUUGUAUUUUAUAUCUGUGGCUUUUUUUUCUCUCUCUUUUUUAAUGUUAUUGGUUAGAAAGGCGGGUGUAUAUGUAUUAUUGUUUUUACACUUAUCUCAAUAUAAUGAAAAACAAAAAAUAAGUUUGUUAUUUUUAACUUUAA